GGAGGAACGGUCAACCACCGUAGCACUGAACUAUCUAGCACAGCCAGUUUAGCACAGCAGCCAGGAUCUAGUGAAGCAUCAGCACCUCCUCUACCUGCUCCAAGAACUACAGCGAGCGGUGUGGGAUUCAUGCAGCAGGACACGCUAUCUGCUCUAUCUUGCGCAGCUUGGGGUCCAGGUCCUGUGCGGGGUGGUAUCGGAGAGAGUGGGUCUGCUGUGAGCACUCUGAGCGGUAGUUGAAGCAGUGGCGUCGGCGUCAGCGUCGGCGGUAACGUUCUUGGGUGGGGCGGUAGCCAAGCAGGGGGGGCUGGUCCCGCUGCUGCAGUGAGCGGCCGCGCGAAGGGUGGUGUCGGCGGCCGAGUCCCUAUGCGGAGCGGUGUGCAACCCUCACCAGGAACGGGAGUUGGUGCCCUUAACGCCAACGGCGGCAGAGGAGGUGGCAGACCUGCGCGCACUCUGAGCGGUGGUAGAGGUGGUGGUGCCGGCGUCGGCGGCCAACGCCCUGGGCGGGGCGGUAGCCAAGCAGGGGGGGCUGGUCCCGCUGCACCAGCGAAUGGCCGCGGGAGAGGCGGUGUGCAACCCUCACCAGGAACUGGAGUUGGUGCCGUUAAUGCCAGCGGUGGCAGAGGAGUCGGCAGACCUGCGCGGACAAGGACCACACUAAACCGCCGGUGCUCCGCGUGUGGUGCAUUGCCUUCAUACGGAAACCAGAAAAAGAGACUCUGCCUGGAGGAUAGGUGCCGGCGAUGGGCGUGUAGGGCGCGCUGCUACCACGGGUUCAACAAGGAUCUCCAACAGAAGUGCUGCGAGUGUCACAAAAGCAUCAAGACGUGGUGCGAGUGCAAAAGCGAUCGGUUAGCCAAACAGCGGGGGCCAACGCUGGCGUUCAGAGUGCUACGGGGGGCCAUUUGCGAGCACGCCGCUGCGUCGUUGGAGGCGCUUGACAAGAACACGGUGGUGGACGCGACGCCUAUCUUUUUCAACGGCAUCAACGGAUGUCCGUACGCGGGUUUGACCGCGUGUAUCUCGCAAGCCCGAGCUAAAACGUUCUUGUCGGAAGUAAAAGAAACGUUGUUAGUGGGGAUGGUGGCGGAGGCAAAAGACGUCGGCGUGUACCAAGUCGUCCAACUAGGCGAGUGGGGAUACGCCGUGAGCGAGAGGCGGAGUAGAACUUGCGAACUGGACUGGGCCCAUGUGAAGUACGACAAGGGUGACGGCAAAGGCAAGGGCAAGGGCAAGGGCGCAUCGAGGAGGAUCACUGCUGCCCGGGGCUUGAUGUGCAAGGCGAGGAUAUGUGCGCUAUAA